UUGCCUCCUCGGCCGUCCCGACUUCUUCCACAAAACAGCAGAGGCCACAGGGAUGUGAGAUCCUAUGUGGAUGGAUUGGGGCGAGAGACGAAAAGGCGAUGCCGAAAGCGUCCAUGGCCUAGAAGCUGUGCAACGCGAGCGAACGCCCUUUAA